GAAGCUGGUCCGAGACGGACCAAAUUUUCCAGCAACGUACUCAACCGCUUUAAAUUGUUUCUUUUCCUAAUUUUCUUUUGUCAUUUGCUUUUUUUUGUUCUUCUUCUUAAAAUACAUAUGAACCGAUCAUUCUCAUUUCUCAUUGCCUAACCAUCGCCAAAAAAAAAAAAAAAGCAAAAUUUUCUCAAAAACACAUUCUCUCUCUAAACCCCACUUUUUUUUCUUAAAGGUUGCGUCAUCUGUCCGAAUUCAUCCGUCUCUUUGCUUCCUCCGAUCGGUCUCCUUUCCACAUCGCCGCACGCUGUGGACUGUGUGAUGAUUGCUGUUUGCUCCCGUCGCUAUAUAUAUAUAUAUAUAUUAAUCGGGUUAUUUUCCGGUCGGCUGCUGCUACAUCGGUGACUUUUUAUCUGUCUUUUCCUUGCAAUCUUCGGGUAUGAUCGUGAUCAUUUCUGUGAAUCAGAGUCGAUUUUGGAUGUUAACGGAUACAUGAGCUCCUAUGUUUCGUGCAAAUUCGUGUUCUUUCUAGUAGUUGUUUGCUUUAGAUUCCGAUGCUGAGAGUAGACCAAACCGGUGAUCAGUUUCUACGCCCCAAUUGUGUGCUGGUUAGCUGUUUGGGAGUUUCCUAGGCUAUAGCUGGUUUGAAUCAUGCAGGUUUAGAGGGGCAAUGAUGGUUUCUCACUCUAGUUUCAGGAUUUGGUGGCUGCCAUUGUCAUUGCAAAUGCGGUGUUGCACAGCAAUGUGAACUUGAACUCUGAGAUAAGUGAAGCGAAAUUUAUUAGCGUGUUUUUUAGAGGCGUAAGAUUUAUUCCGAUCCUGCUGAGUAAGUUACAUCCUUAUGGGAAUAAGCAGUUAACCACAAUCAGAAAAAGAUGCUUGAAGUCUGAUAUAAGGUAGCCAUGGGCAGAGAACUUCAAUCAUUCUCAUGGGAAGACAACCAUCAUACUAUGAAGGUAUCUGGAAUGACAUGCUGCCACAUACAAGCGUUUUAUUUGGAUGCACCAUGAUGUGAAACAUAGUGCUAAUUGUUUAAAAGCGUCCGUUCACACAACCUACUUUGUUUUACAAGCUCCUGGACUCAUAAGCCGCGAAAUCAGGAGAAGGAAUUACAUUUGGUGUUUUUUUUUUUUUUAUUGUAUUAGCUAGUGAAGUUAAAGGCCUUAUUGCUUCCGGCUGAUUUUACUUUCGUGAAUGGUAUGUGGAAGAUGUGAAUCGAUUGCUCAAUCAAGCACGGAUACGUUAGUGUAUUCUUGAUAGGUUGGGAAUUUCAAACCUAUUCCCCAUACCCUUCUAGGAUAAUUUGCCUGCAGAAGCAUUUUUGGAGGGUUUUAGUUCAGAAAAGUAAGUUCAUGUCCUGCUACUGCUAUUGAAUCCUCCAUGUAAUUUUCUUGGUCAUUCCGACAGUAAUUGUAAGUUAGCGAAAGACAUUUGCAAGGCCUUUUGUCUUUAUACAUACUCCAGAGCUGUCAUCUGUAUUUUUAGUGACAAAACAAUACUUGGUCUCUUUUGUUUAUGUAGAGACAAGUCACCGUUGGUAGAUAUAAACGAAGAAAUACUGUAUUGAAGUAUUGAUAGAAGCUGAAGUGAUAAUAUCAAAUGCCAUCUAUUCUUCCAUCCUCUUUCAUGUGUGCUUCUCUAUGAAUUGUUUCUGUAAAAUUUAUUAAGAUUCCGAAAUGGUGUAAAUUUCAUGUAUAAUGAAAUUCUUGUGAUUGUGUAGUUGAGAAUACUCUGACUUUUGAUGAUUAGAGAACCAGACUGAUGCUUUAAAUGCAGAAGCUUUUUACUUUCACACUCUUAUUUUUCUGUCUCUUUGAUUGACAAACUCUGAUCUGUAAGUUUUCUUUAUAUCUGUACUAGUUAAGAUUUUUUGUUUCCAUCUAAAAGCAUCAUGAACUCUCCAGCAGCACUGAGUCCAACAACUCGAAAACUUGUUUGAUUAUCAUGAGCUCUGAGGUAUAGUAUGGUAGGCAGUAGGUACUUCUCAUUCUAGAUCUUGUUCUUGAAACCAUGCACUGGUUUCUUAACCAUGACUUCUCAUUCUCUUAGUAUUUUUCAAAUAGGUGACACAUAUUCAGCCACCAUCUGGUCCUCCUUUGGUUCUCUUUAAGAAAUACCAUUCUUGAGCGAAAACUGAGUUUGCUUGGUAAUUAAAGAAAUCUUUUUCUGGAUGAAUUUUGAAUGCUGAGAGAACUUCCUGUGCAGGUAUAGCUGGACUCCAAGGUUGAAGCUUUGUGUAAUCAUGGGACACAGACAUUUUCUCGGUUCAUCCCAAUAUUUUGAUGAUGAACAUGAUCAAUACUGGAGUCAUAUACACCCAGAGCAUCCAUAUACGAAUCUAGCAAGAACUGGGACCAGUGAGAACAGAUCACAUAUUUAUCCAGCAGAAAACAUGUCGAGUGAAGUAAUGCCAGUUUCUUCGCAUUGGAACUCGUCUACAGGACCAAACACCUAUACUUCCUCAGCGCAUGGUGUGGAGAGACCACACUACAAUCCAGGGACUUCGGUCCCAUCCCAUGAUCCUUUCAUGAGUUCAACAACAGUUGCAAACUUCUCUGCUCCACAUGAAAACUAUGUGUCAUAUGCAUCUUCUUCGAACUGCAACAACCAGGCAUGGUCAAAUGCUAGUUAUGGUGAUCAACCUAUGGAAAAUGUGAGAGGAGCACAAAAGCGAAAAAGCCCAUGCGCUUCUUCCAUCUAUGAAAUGGGCAGUUCAAGCCAUUACCAUGGUGACAGAGCUUCCUCAGACAUCCCUUUCUCCUCGGAAUUGCAUUUGGGAAAAUCAACAACUCAUGAUCAUGAUCUGCAUUACAUGCCGUGGCUCAUGAACCCAACUUACAGAAGCGAUAACCUCUCGAUCAGAGGAGAGAGUUCUUCAAGGAAUGUCCGGAGUCGUCCUACACUUGAUUUAGAGACCAGUGUAGAUAGACAUAAUUUUCCAAGAGGCCCGGAGUUUGAUUCUCGUUCUACACACCACAGUGUUGAGCAUUCGGCCUCAGGUCAGUUUCACGUAAAUAAGGAGUGGACCUGUCCUCGACUCUCCCCAGUUCCUGGAGAUAUAAAUGGCUUUAGUCCAGAGACAAGUAAUCUUCUUCCUGCAAGAACAUCUGUUGAUGCAAGUGGCUAUCACCAUGGGUUAAUCGGAAACAGAAACUCUACAGUUUCCCACGGUUUUCACGGAACUUCAACACCAUCUGCAAGCAGCUCUCGGUUCUCUCAUAGGUCAACAACACCCACCUAUAGAUCUUCUUCAAACGGUUUGCAAUUGGGACAUGUAGCAUCUUCGUCUGGAGACAGGUCUCAUCAUUUGGUCACUGAGACAUAUCCUUCUAGGCAUCUAAGGCCACCACCACACAUUUCAUGGCGUAGCAGUGAUCGCCCAGGGAGACGCAGGAGUUCUUAUGAGAGGUUUCAGCCUCCUUUCGAUGAAGUUGCUCUCCAUGAACGGUUUUCAUCUCAGGGAUUUAUGGUUGUAGAUCGCCAACAGCACUACGGCUCCAGAAACAUGCUUGAUCACCACAGAGACAUGAGACUCGACAUCGAUAACAUGACAUACGAGGACCUUCUUGCUCUCGGUGAAAGGAUUGGGAGUGUCAACACUGGUCUAUCGAACGGAGCAAUCUCCAGUUGCUUGUUAGAGACGUCGUGUUUUCCGUUGUAUCAAACGGAUGAGCAAAGAAAAUGCGCAAUCUGCCUGGAGGAGUACAAGGAAAAAGAAGAGCUAGGGGAACUUAAGGGGUGUGGUCAUGACUAUCAUGUGAGUUGCAUCAAGAAAUGGCUCUCUAUGAAGAACUCUUGCCCUAUUUGCAAAUCACCUGCUUUGCCUGAUAAGCACCCAUGUUAAAUUAUAUACAAUAAUUUUGCUUUUGUUUAAAAGUAAUAUUUGUGAUAGACGGUAACAUUCAGUUGUACUUGUAGUAUUUGUAAAUAUAAUGAUUAUUCAGAAUGGGUUUUAUAUAUGUUUUUGGGGAAGAAAUAAAAACUCACAUUGGAGAAUUUGAUCCUUAUGGAUCUGUGGAUUUUAA